UAUUGCACCGCCUUUCCCGCAAUUCUACCGCCUGUUCACCAUGUACCCCUGAGGAUCUUCUGAACGGUCUGUCGGUGAUAGGUUCGCUAAGCAAGCAUCGUGCUGUCGGGCUCGGAUUCUAGCAACCAUCUCAGCGACUAUCUGGACGCCAAUAUCUGCACUCCAUUGCCCUUGGCAUGGAUAUAUCAUGCACCAACGGAGUCACUCGGGGCGUGGAGCCUUCUUUAUGAAUUUGGCGCUAUCAGCUGAAGAAUUUCCGACUGGUGUUGACCGAGGACAGCAUGUGGAUUUUGGGAGUCAAUUGCUCGUGAAAGAGAAGUUCUCCGUACUUAUAGCCUCGAGAAUCCACGAUAGAUCUUGCUGAAGGCAGCCGGAGUGGGAUAAGCGACUUGACAUCCACACAGAUUCAGGGCCUCACUUUGCCAAACAACAUGCUGUUCUCUCUCUUCCUUACGCUCGCGCCCUUUGUUGCGGCUGCGCCAGCUGCUGAGAAACUCGCAAAGAGAGCAGACCCAACUGUCAUUGCGCCUUCUCCUGCAGCAACGGUUGUAGGUAAAUCAGCAUCGUCGGUGGAAACUUUCAAUGGAAUUCCGUUCGCUCAACAGCCCGUUGGUAAUCUCAGGCUCAAGCCACCUCAGCCCUUGACCGCAGGACUGGGAAAAGUUGAUGCUAAAGGCACUCCCAAAGCCUGUCCCCAAUUUUUCUUCAGCGUAGACGAGACCCAGUUCCCAACCAACGUUCUGGGAACUAUCCUCAACACUCCACUUUUUCAAACGGUGACCAGCGCUGGAGAGGAUUGCCUCACGAUCAACGUGCAAAGGCCCGCAGGCACCACGAAGGACUCGAAACUACCGGUCUUGUUCUGGAUCUUCGGGGGUGGCUUUGAGCUUGGCUCGACACAGAUGUAUGAUGGCACUUCUCUUGUUCAAGAAUCCGUCAACCAGGGAAAACCCAUCAUCUUCGUAGCUGUGAACUACCGUGUUGGUGGUUUCGGAUUCAUGCCCGGCAAAGAGAUUCUAGCAGAUGGGUCUGCAAACUUGGGCCUUCUCGACCAACGACUGGGACUUGAAUGGACUGCCGAUAAUAUCGCCGCAUUCGGUGGUGAUCCUGAAAAGGUCACUAUCUGGGGCGAGAGUGCGGGAGCUAUCUCUGUAUUCGAUCAGAUGGCCCUUUACGAUGGUGAUAAUACGUACAAGGGCAAGCCACUCUUCCGUGCUGGUAUUAUGAAUUCCGGAAGUGUCGUUCCCGCGGAUCCUGUCGAUUGUCCAAAGGGCCAGGUUGUUUACGAUACGGUUGUUAAGAACGCCGGUUGCUCAGGGGCAUCGGACACACUCCAAUGCCUGAGAGAGGUGCCUUAUACCAAAUUCUUGAACGCCGCCAAUUCCGUCCCAGGACUCCUCUCUUACUCCACGAUCUCGCUCUCGUAUCUCCCACGACCGGACGGCAAAGCCCUCACCGAUUCGCCGGAUGCCCUGGUUCUCGCCAACAAGUACGCCAAGGUGCCCUUCAUCAUCGGAAACCAAGAAGACGAGGGCACACUAUUCGCGCUCUUCACAUCCAACCUGACCACGACCGCCCAAGUCAGCAACUACCUCUCGAGCGUCUUCUUCCCCACGACCGACAAGUCGCUCAUUGACCAACUCGUCGCCUCGUACCAGACGAUCACCGAAGACGGUUCACCCUUCCGCACGUUCCUCCUCAACAACUGGUAUCCGCAGUUCAAGCGCGUGGCCGCCAUCCUCGGCGAUAUCACCUUCACAGUGACGCGCCGCGUCUUCCUCGACACCGCAGCCGCCAUCAACCCCUCCGUCCCGACGUGGUCCUACCUCGCCACAUACAACUACGGCACCCCGAUCCUCGGCACGUUCCACGGCUCCGACCUCCUCCAGGUCUUCUACGGCAUCAAACCCAACAAUGCGGCAAAGACCAUCAGGGGCUACUACUACAGCUUUGUGUACAACCUCGAUCCGAACAAGGGCAACGACUUCGGCGAGUGGCCGCAGUGGAGCAAGGCGAAGCAGCUGGUGGAAUUCCAAGCGAACAAGAACGGUCUACUGAGUGAUACCUUCCGGAGCGACACGUACGAAUUCUUGAAGAAGAACAUCAAGGCGUUCCGGAUUUGAUGCGUUUUUGGUCGCCAGCUUUUGGGUGUUGGGAUGGCGUCGCGUGGGAACAAAAACGGUGGGCGUUGAUGGAAUGGGUGUUGGGUAAUUCAAAGUACAAACAGUAGCUACGUAAUAGCUUAAUGACCACAGGACGAUUUACACGUCCGUAAUACAUGAAGAUAGAGGAAAGAUCAU